UCCUGACAGAACUUGCCGACAGUCGCUCGAAAAGAACGACACACGGCAAAACAUCGAAAUUUCAAGUUAUUUUUAUGUUUAUUUUGUUAAAAGUCAAUGAAACUGUUCUGUUAGUGACUUUAUUUAUAGAUUGAUUAGUAAGUUAUUUUGGGUGCGUAGUUUUUUUUAAAGAAAGGGCGAAAAUAUGGCCGAGAAAAGAGCUUAAUGGCCGGUCAUCGAAGGACAAAGACGAAGCAAGAGUUUAUCAAUGAGUUCUAACUCGGCUAGCCCAAGAAUGAAGCGGGGAAUGGCUGGUCGGGGAGGCCCUGGCAGGUAAGGAAAGAUAUCUUGUACUUUAAAUGUUUUAAACCGUCUCCUAACUCAGAAAUAUGUCGUAUUUGUAAUGUUUAUUUUCGUAUAUGUUUAAUUCUAUUAUGUUGUUUUUGAUUUGUAUAUUAACCUGUCAUAGCAUAGUUUCGUCACUUUUCUCGAGUUUUAGACAGUUCUAAACACAACCUGUCUAUCUCGACAACGUCUUUAUCAUAUUUCCCAAAUCAAAGUCCUGAGGGGUAUAAAAAAUGACAGCAUUUAGAGCUACAAUUUAGAUUUCAUAACAUGGAAUAAAAUGAACCUUCUGACAAAGUUAGGUCCACGUGCGUCGUUUAAAUGGGCUACAAAUGAUUUCCUGAAGUUUGAUUUUGCUUUCUAGAGGGAGAAUUAAACCGUCUUCUAACGCAGGAUCUCAGCCGAGCCAGGUUUGUGAGAAUUUCGCUGUUUUUGGACGAUUUUAGCAACAAAUUAGCUUUCUUAAACGAACUGCUGGAGACAAUCCCCCUUGUUUCCUGCGUUUAGAUUUUGCCAUUCUUGAAAUUGUUACCCCCUUAUUUUUCUAAAAAUAUUUGCUUUGAAAUCUAGAACCUAGAAGGGUUGUAUUCAAAUGACAGGCUUGUCAAUGCAGUGGCUUCAGUUUUGGUAAGCAAUGAUAUAAAUUUGGCUCUAAAUAUUUGUUGAUAUUCGAGUUCUGUCAACAUUGCCCAAUAAUAUGACAAAACUGGCUAAAUCUAUACUAAAAGAUAGAUGAUCUGCCUGGACAAACUAAAUAUGUGGCUAAACGUAGUGUUCUAAUUGACCAUGGUUUAAAAAUUCAGUGCAAGACAUAAGUUGUCCGGCUGAUUGUUGAACGUUGUGUUAGGGUUUCUUUCAAAUCUUAAAAGUAUCUGUUAACCCAUUGAGUGGCAGCACUCUCCCCUUGACGAGUAAAUUUGUCAGGCGUUAGACAGAAAUAAUAAAGUAGGGUGCAUUGUCACUUAAAGGGUUAAAGUAAUUUUUACCCCUGUGAGUGGUGUUUUCAACUAUUUUUCCACCUCUGAUAAUAAAGUUAAUGCAGGCUUAAUGAAUUAAUUAGGAAAUAUUCUGCUGUCCACAAUGAAUAGCAGAAAACUAUUCUAGUUUCAAACCUGUAAUAAAUUAAAUUUUGAAUAUAGGGAUGUAAUGCCAAAGUGUCCGAGAAGAGUGGAAAACAGUUUGAAGGUGUCUUUAAAACUAUGUCUCCAGAGGUAAGACCAUCGAAUAACUGUAAUUUUGAAGUAAAGUGCCCUGCUUUCAUUUUGUCUGUACGAACAGCUUUGAAACAACUACUGAUGCAUAAUUCCUAUUGGAAAACAGGCAAGUUUAGUUCUUGGAAAAGCCAACCAAGUUGAAGAACAAAAACAGAAUGGAGUUGUUGUAAGUUUUAUUCACUUGACAUAUUUUUCGUGCUUGAGUGGCUACCAUAUCUGAAAGGUGAUAAUCACACUUAAGAAGUCCUUAGAAGCCUUGUUCAAAUACUAGAAGCCCAUGUUUUAAUUAUACUGUGGUCAUUUUGUUGUGGUUAUGCAAUAUUUAUUGUCUGUUAGGAUGGUGGGUUGCAGAAUAUAGAUAUCAUUGAACAGUUUGUCAUGAAUCGUAAAGACUGGGUCAGAGUUGAGUUCAAGGAUGUGAAUGUGGAAGAAUGUUAUUUUACUGGUGGCAAAAAAGGUAGAAUUUAUUUACCGUAGAAUUUAUGUACCGUAGAAUUUAUGUACCGACCACUGUUGAUGCUGAACUGUCACCAUACCGUAAACCUCCGACUAUAAGCCUCCCGAAUAUAAGCUCCUCCGAAUAUAAACCCCCCAAAUAUAAGCCCACCACAUAUACUAACGCUCACCUCAUUCCAAAUAUAAGCCCCGAAUAUAAGCCCCCCGAAUAUAUAAGUCCCCCGAAUAUAGGCCCAAUGGCCCACUACGUUAUUCAACAUUGACAUUGUCUUUUAAUAUAGCAGAGAAUGAUAUUUAAAAACAUUGUCAUUGUCUUUAUACAUGUAACUUACUAUGUUAAUCAAAGUGCAUUAUUAAAACAUGUUUAUUUUCCUUGUUUAUUACUAACACAAAAUAUCGUCCAUGUAUUAGCCCCCCAUAUAUUUACCCACCCAUAUACUUAGCCCCAGUAUAUUAGCCCCCUUGUAUACCCCCCCCCUUGUAUAAACCCAUCAAAAAUCGCUUACGAAAGUAUAUAAGCCCAGGGCUUAUAGUUGGAGGUUUACGGUAUUUUGUGUUUUCUUUCUUUAGAUUCAUUCAAAACAGACUUUGCCAUUGGUGGUAAUAAAAGAAUGAAUGGGCAAACAAAAAAAGAGCUUGAAGUAAGUGUUAUUUCUGCCCGCUGAGGAACGAACGAGGCAGAAAGCAGGCCUUGCUCCAAGGGGUGCGCGGUCGUGUGUGUGCAUGCCCAAGAUUGCUUAAGCGAGCGAUUCAUCGCGCGCACAAACUAAAUAUUUCUUCCAGAAUGGAGCUAAUUUGUUAAGUUAUUCACAAUCUUUCGGGCAAAAAACCUGCUCAUUUUCAUAGAAUGUACCAAUGACUAAACCCUCGAAAUUCGCCUCGGCACACAGCAAUUGCCGACGCAAAUGCCGAGACAAGUUACGAUUUUUCAUAGUUUGCCUCGGCAAAAAAAUGCUGAGGCAAUUCUACCCGUUGUACCUUAUAUAAAUUACAAACUACGGCGUCUGUUCGUUCGUUUUUUUUGCUUAAAUUUAAAUUUACAAACUACAGUGUUCGUUUUUUUAAUCACUUCUUUGUUCGAAUUGUUGUCAUCAACGUUGGGUGAACAACAGAAGAUUUCAUUCAUAGCUACUUUAAUUAGGCUACAAAAUAUUUAAAUUUGAGCUUUCCAGCGUCGGCCUCGGCUGAAAUAAAGAACAAUCUUGAUGGUUUAAAGACGGCACGUGGAGAAACUUUGUUUUAUCUUUUAGACUGUCGCGUGAUUACCAUCAAGUUUAUUCUUUCAUACUAUUUGUUGUCAAUUACCACUAACUUUUUAAAAACAUUUUGAAUCAGGAAUUUGUAAAAUAACAACAACUUGUCAAACGUCAGAAUCUACGAUAUAUUUGUUUGCAAUAAUUUCCAUACUUUAAUUACAACUGCCGACGUGAAUGCCGGAGAGUGCCGAAGUAAUUGCCGAAGGAAUUUAAGGUGAUUUCUUUGCGUGCCUCGCCAAAAAAAAUUGCCGAGGUAAACUCGAAAAUUAUCGAAAUACUUCGGCAAUUAUUUGCCGAGGCAAAAAUAGUUGAAUUUCGAGGGUUGUGACUAAACAUUGUACCACUUACUCUGAGCUAAACGAAGGAAUAUAUGACUGUUUUGUGCUUGGAAUACAAAUGGAAAAGGUCGUACAAAUUGAGUUUUUCUUUUAUAUUUCAGGCAAUAAUAAAACCAUUUAAGAGUUGUAGUAGAUUAAUUUUAAAUAUAACAAUUAUUAAUUAAACAAAAGUUGACAUUCAAAGAAAAUAUUUGUCGUGAUGUUGUCAAAGUCAAAGUCAAAAUACUUUAUUUACCGAGGGUAAAAAACACCAUUACUGGUUACCCAGUAGUUUUCAUGAUGGCCCUCACUAAGCUAUGCAAUAAAAUAAAUCUACCAAAUUUGUACAAAUACUAAAUUUUCUAAUAAGUCUUUUCCAUGCGGAAGUGUUCAAUUGAACAAUAUUGUUCCUGAAAGCUAGAGUGUAUUACUUUUCUAAAAUUUGCAUAAGAGGGCAAUGCUCUUAAUUGACAAGUCUGUCUUGUUCCGCUGACGACAUGCACUCGAGUGGAAAGUUCUAAGGCCAGAAUUAUUUUUACAUUUUGGUGUAAUAAUAUUUAAUUUGUUAUUAGCUGAUCUGUAAUUUGUUAUAUUACAUUUUGGGCGAUAUUUUUCCAUCUUUCUUGCAUUAUAAAAUUGACAACAAAAUUGCAAAUCCUUAUGCACUCCUCGAGUGCCUAUUUUUUUGAAAGCAGUUUAUUGUUUUAAUUUGUAAAUCAACAAGAUUAUUUGCAAAUUGUUCAUUUCUAGAUUCACAGUAGCUCGCUAAACAUAUUUUGCAUGUGCGAUUAACCAUUCCCGUGCGAUUUUCUUCUAAAAGGGCAAGGCCUGAGAAAGUGUUUUUCUCAUACACUGCUGGGAGGGUGGGGUCAGAGCAGGGCUCAAAACUUGCAGUAUCCCGAUAUCCACAGGACAUCAGAUUUUAAUUUUGGAUACUGGAUAUCAUAAGCUCAGUAUCCCAACUGGAUACUAGGAAAACUUAGAAAUUGCGAUAGUAGAUAAUCAUCUAGACGUUGGGCAUGUUUCCGAACCUCAAUGUCUACGGAUUUUGGCAGAAUAUUUAAAAAAAAAAACAUUUCACAAACGGUGCUUUCUUUCGUAUCGCCGCAGUGUGUUAUUUUCAAUUUUUUCGAAUUUCAAUACAUAUUUUUAUUAUUGAAACUAAAGGCCUGGUUUUUGUUCAGCAACUGAAGGCCUGGUUGCAAGGUAAAAUUUUGCCUUGCUUAGAUACUGGAAAUAGAAUAUCUAGUAUCCAAAUCUGGGAUACUAUAUUUCAAGGAUGGAUACUAGAUUCUAUGAUGCUGGUAUCCACUUGGAUACUGACAAAAAUUUCAAGUUUCGAGCCCUGGUCAGAGUCACUUGUUUUGCUUCCCUUGUGUUAGCCUGACCUGUGUCCCACCCACACUACUGGCAGGAAGUGCCUAGUAAGCUACUAUGUACAGUAGUUGCAGUAGUGCCAACUAUAAUUGGGUUUAGUCUAACAUGUGAUACUUACUGUAGUUUAAUGACUGAGAUGCAGUAAUUUGUGCCGAUCCAUUUAUUGUAAAUACAAGAUCUUUUUAGUUCAUUAAAGUUCAGGUUUACGCUUGCAUGUACAGCAUCCCUCAUCAGCCAGUGAGAAGUUGUUAUACUAUAAGAAACUAUAAAUUGUGUAAGUCUAACAAUAGCAUUAUUUUCUAGAAAUGGGAGCCGGGUGAUGGCACUGAUUCACUGGAAACUGCUGCUUUAGAGGGACAUCACAGCAUGGUACAAUGUUAUUCUUCUGAUAUUUGCUUUACCACAGUUAUUAGUGAGCUUAAGGUGGCUUCCUACAGUUUUAGGUCUGUGUCGCGGAAAUUUUGUCUACGCGCAAGAUUGGUAGUGCUACAUGCAACACACAUGGUCGACGUUGCACACACGGCAGGUUUUUUAAAAUUGCGUCGUGAUAUACACGCGUGUGCCUUCAUGUGAUUGUCGGCUGGUCACGCGAGGAAAUUGAAAUCCUGAUUUUUGUGACGUCACAUAGAUAAAAAUAAAUGUAUUUUUCUCGUGUUUCCUUCGGUAAAUUUUUUUAAAACUUCACACACUUUCCUGUAAUCUUGAAAUGCAUAAAAUGUGCAAGUUCUAAGAAAAUCGUACGAGCCGAAUUUUUUUUAUUCUAAAAACAGGGCUUUUUGAGGAUUAAAAAAAAUUCUUGUACGGUUUUUUUUAAAUGCUAUUUGAAGGAAUUAUAGAUAACAUUACUGUGUGCAAAAAGUUAAAAAGUUUUACCGAAGAAAAUUUCAAAAAAUUAUCAAAGAAUCUGCAAAUUGGCCCUUUUUAAAAUAGCUUUGUUACCAUGGCAACGGGGAUUUUUAACGACAUUUUUUAUUUUUCGUAAUUUGCGAUAUAUUUGUAGCAGUUAUGUGGCCGAGUUUCGUGAUCAUACUUGGCAAGAUGAGAAAAUAAUGUUUUUUUGAAUCCAAUUAUGUGCUAUACAAUCACAACUGUAGGGAGCCACCUUAAGGAAGCAAUGUUUUUGUCAACACAGACGUCACCCGGAAAUUGAUACAACUAAUUUUGCGGCAUUUUGGAUCAUAGCGCUUGUGCGAGGAAGCAAAAAAAAUUUAAAAUCUUAUGUUUUGUCAAAUUUGUUGAAGAUUACCACAAGCUGAGACUUUGUCGCAGGGUAUUAGCUAGAGGGCCGUGUUGGCCAUGUUAUCGCGGCCAAAAAUGGAAAAACACGGCUAUAUAAAAUGAACGCGGCUUCAUUAUUUAUAUAAGGCUGUGUAGGUUCAUAAAAUAAGAUGGUGCUACUUACAACAGAUAGAAUUUCUUUCUAUUUACGUCAUAAGAAAGUUUGUAAAAUCUACUGUUGAUUUUGAAAUUGGCAAAAGUGAUGUUUUAAUGUUUUGAUGGAUAAUGGGAACCGUAUGGUGUUAAAGUGGUUUUAAAUACCCCCAAGAAUUGCUGAAAUAACUUAAUGCAAUAUGAGUAUAUGCUCGCCUUGUAUUUGGUUGCAAAGCAUAGAAACAACCACAGGCAUUGUCUGUUGUUGUAGAACCGUGAAUUUAUUUGCACACCCUGGUCAUUUAGAAACACGCCCAAGAUCUAAAAUCCUAGCUAAGACCCUGAUGACAAACACAGCUUUUUAAAUAGCGUUGCUUGCUUACUAGGCAGUUGCGAUAUAUCGAUAUUUUUCCGGGAAAUAAAAAAUAUCUGUCGAUAUUUCAAAAAUAUCGAUAUUCGAUUUUUCGCAUAUCGAAAAUAUUGAAAGUUGUAACUAAACAACUUAAUCUCCGAUUCUUCGGCAAUUAUUGUUUUCAUUGGUGAAGUUUAGACAAUGUGUGUAUGGCGGCAAUUGUGGAUUUAUGAUACAAGUGCGUGGGCAAUUGAAAUUAAAAGCGAAGACAGAGAAACUGUGACCACAGAAAAUCACCAAUGGAGAUGACGUAUAAACCGUUGUUAAUAAAUGUGUGAGACGUACCAUGACUGGUUUCAUGCACUUCUUUUUAACUGUUUGUGAUGCGUAUAGAUGCAAGUUGACUAAAUUACGUUUUUCAUUUGCAUAAUUCGGUAUAAUCGAUAUUAUCGAUAUUUUUUUGAUAUCGAUAUAUCGAUUUUUUUCAAUAUCGCAACUGCCUAUUACUUACCUCCCUAAUAUUCUAUGUCAACUCUUAACAUAUCAUUGAUGUUGUCGCCUUCAUUUAAUAUUAGGAGAACGGAUGGACUCCUGAGAAGAUGUUCGAAAAAAAUGAAAAAAUGGUAAUUAAUUAUACUGUUAAGAUUUGUAGGUUUAUCUAUCUUUUAACAUUGCCAUUCUUUGUUCCAGUAUGGAGUCAAGUCUACAUAUAGUGAAGGAAUGGAAGAAUACACGUAAGUAUUUGUUGCACAUUGGACGUUUUCCAGCCAAACUCCAAAUUCCAAUCUAUUUUCUUGAAAGCUUGGGUUAACUCGAAGACUGUGUCAUUCAUCAAAGAAUACACAGAUGUCAAAUUUAAAUUAUUAAAGAAUUUUACUAUUAAUGUAUAGUGUGUUUGACAUAAAGUAUUUUAUACUUAUGCAAUUUAACUUAACAGACUCUAAGAAUCAAAAUGAAAUUGAAAAAAUGUCUGACCAAAUUCUGGAUGAACUUUACUGGACAAUUUUUGGACUUUAUUUCAAGCUUUCCUGUUCAUUCCUUGCCUUACUAUUAUUAUUAUUUGAAAGUAUAUAUGUAUAAUCUUAACAGGACUAAGCUUGAUAAAAAUGACACACCUGAAUACCGAGAAAGAGAGAGGUAUGCUGCCCAGAAAGCUGAAGAAAUUUUCAAGGUAAAUGUGAAUCAUACUGUAUUGUCCCAUUGUGUUUGAGAUAAGCCACCUCAAACAUGCUGCAUUUCAGUGACCGUUACAGACAUAGACGGAUUUUCAUAUUUAUUACUGGGGUGGUGCCAGAAAUUUUAGGGGGGUGAGCCAGGGGUUUUCAACAACUGGUACAAUCUGGUAUAUAUGAUGUGGUUUGUGUGUGUGAAACUUGGCUAAAUAAUACCGUAUUGGACAGUGAACUUUUGCAGGACUACUGCAUCUUUCGAAAAGACAGAGUUGGACGAGUCGGAGGUGGUAUUCUCGUUGCUACAAAGUUGAACAUAAGAGCAACUCGCCGCUUAGAUCUCGAGAAGCAGGAUGCUGAAUUUGUGGUGAUAGAAUUGAUUAAACCCAACAAAAAGUCAGUCUUACUAUAUACCUUCUAUCGUCCUCCUGACUCAACAACGGAACCCCUUCAACAUCUUAACACAUCCCUCCAAAACACCAGUGAGUCCAGUUGUUGUGUUGUAGUUGGUGAUUUUAAUCUCCCAGCGAUAGAUUGGUCUACUGACAGCACAGCUCCAAUUAACAAAGGAGAACGAGCGAUUGGUGAUGUCUUUUGCGACCUUGUUGGGGACAACUUCCUAACCCAAUUUAUAGAAAGUCCUACACAUAAAGCUGGGAACACACUCGAUCUACUUUUAUGUAAUUGUCCAGAAGUCAUUGAUGAGGUCAAUAUCAGAAGUCCUGAGGAAUGUUAUUUCCCAACAGAUCACCAAAUUAUUGACUUUAGUAUCAGACUGAACUUUCAACGAACCAAGUCGGCAGCGCGUCAAAUUUACAACUUCAAGGAAGCUGAUUUUGAAGGUCUCAAUAAUACGCUAAGUCGGAUAACAUUUGAUGUUAACACUACCAACGAUAUCGAUAAACUUUGGUCUUGCUGGAAAAAGUCGUUUCUUGACGCAGUAGAUAACCACAUCCCAACUAAAACAAUAAAGGAUACCAACUCUCUUCCUUGGGUAGAUAAAGAAGUCCGUCAUCUCAUUCGAAAGAAAUACUCAGCAUUAAAAAGAUACCGCCAAAACAAGUGUGAAACGAGAAAACAAAAGCUAAGAGGCUUAAGUGACGCCGUCAAGUCGCUAGUUAAAAAGAAGCAUAGGGAAUAUCUAAGGAAAAUCGAAACAUCAUUUGCAACUAAUCCAAAACUUUUCUGGACUUACCACAAAGCAAUUUUGCAUAGCAGAUCAAAACAGACUUCUGACAUUGUCUUCAACGGUAUUAGAGCAAAGUCUUCUGCAGAAAAAGCCGAGCUUCUGAAUUCUUACUUCUCCUCAGUAUUUACAACAUCCAGUACUGACAUCGGGGAUUGUGAUGGUGAGGCGUCUGAAACUGAGUCGGGAUUGGGUGAAUUAACAGUUGAUGUGGCUGAAGUGGAAAAUUACCUCAGAAAUUUAGACAUCACCAAAGCGAGUGGCCCUGACAAGAUACCAGCACGUCUACUAAAAGAAUGCGGUCGGCACAUUGCGCCUAGUAUCUGUGAGUUAUUUAACGUAUCCUUGCGUGUUGGACGACUUCCGGUAGAGUGGAAAUCAGCGAACGUGACACCAGUUCACAAGAAACAUCUGAAAGAACCAGCGGAGAACUACCGACCGAUAUCCCUUUUGCCUAUCAUUGCAAAACUAUUGGAACGUUGCGUAUGUAGGCGACUAUACGAACAUGUAAUUAGCGCUAUCUCCUUAGGACAACACGGUUUCCUACGCAAUCAAUUAUGCACUACACAACUGCUGCAAGUUUUACAUAAGAUUGGAGAAAACCGUGACAGUAAUAUUCAAACAGACAUUGUCUACUUGGAUUUUGCCAAAGCUUUUGACUCUGUCGAUCACGGUUUAAUCUUGGCAAAACUCAGGCAAUUCGGUGUACAUUCAAACAUGCUAAAUUGGUUCACUAACUACUUAACUGGUCGGACCCAAAGAGUUGUCGUUGAUGGUGUUGCUUCAGGUUGGUCCUCAGUAACAUCUGGUGUACCACAAGGUAGCAUACUUGGUCCAAUGUUGUUUGUAUUAUUCAUCAAUGAUUUACCCGACAUCAUUCCCGAAAAAUCAGAAACUGCUUUGUACGCUGACGACACAAAAACAUUCAGGAAAAUUACUUGCGAAGAUGAUGCUCGCCAAUUACAACAAACCCUGACAAACCUAGCCACCUGGAGCAAUACCAACAAUAUGAGGUUCAACGAGUUAAAAUGUAAAGUGUUGACUGUGUCGCGAAAGAAACAACCUGUGGACUUCACAUACCGACUGGGCUCAACCACUCUUACUCAUGUUGAAAAAGAGAAAGAUCUUGGGGUUACAAUGACUGGAAAGCUUUCAUGGGAUUCUCAUAUCCAUGAGAUCACAGCUAAAGCCAACAAGCUGCUCGGUCUAUUGAAGAGAACAUGCCCUUUCCUGACUGACGUCAGCGUCCGACGUACUUUGUACCUUUCGUUGGUAAAAUCCAAUCUAUGUUAUGCCUGUGAAGUUUGGUCCCCAUACAUCUGCUCACAGAAGACAAAGAUAGAGCGUGUGCAGAGACGAGCCACUAGAUGGAUAUUGAAAGCUAGAAAGGGUGACUCCAGCUACAAUGAGCGUCUCGUUGAUCUGAACUUACUACCUUUGUGUUAUGAUAGAGAGAUAAAAGAUCUAAUGUUCUUCUACAAGGCUCUUUAUGGUAUUUCCGAUCUCAAUGUUCAUGACUAUGUCUCGUUUGUAACCCAUAAUCACUCCCGUCUAUGUCGUAAUCCCAACCUGUUGCUCAAGACUCCAUUGUGUAAAACCACAACAUAUCAGAACUCAUAUUUCAACCGCAUCGUGAAAUUAUGGAACAGUGUUUGUAAAGUAGCUCCACCAAAUACAUUUUCUAGUGUCAAAACAUUUAAAUACUACCUCUUUAAUUAUUAUUCUAUGUUAGUAUCGACCGUAUUCGAUGUAAACUUGUUAUGUACUUGGUCUAUGUCACGUGACUGUUCCUGUCAUAGGAGUUAAUUGUCUUGUUGUAUAAACUUGUUAUUAGUAUUUACAUAGUAAACUAUAUUUACAUGUAUUCUGUUGGAAAGGUGCCUUGCAUGGAUAGCGCAAAUUAUUUACGUUCCGUUCGCACCUCUUCCAUUUGGGUAAUAUUUGUUCUUCGCAUGCGUAGUAUUAGUACGUCUUUUGUAAAUAAUUAUUAUAUUUACCCAAUAAAGUAUUUAAACAAAGCCGUGAGCAGGUGACUGAAGCAACACAAAGUGUCACCAAACCCCAGUAAGGUCUAUAUUCUAGGGGUGGAGCACUAGAGCCACGAGGGGGAGUUUAGAGAGCAGAAAACAAAGUGUCCCAGGAAAAAUUUGACAAAAAUCAUGAUUUCUAGCUUCAAAAAAAGUUUUUUGAACUUGUCAAUUUCUCAUAUCAAUGGUUUUGGCAUGUCCGAUUGUUUGUUGAGACUUGAGAGAGUUAAUCUGUUAAAGACUUUAAGUUAAAUGAACCUGUAAAAGUGUAAACCCAAUAGGCCAAUACACAAUAUGCUUUUACUUUUAUAAAGUCAUUGACAUUGUGUUGUUUGAAUCCGAGUACAAUUUAUGAUGUAACUCUGAUAUAAAUAAUAUUUGGGGAGUGAAGAUUAAAUCUAGGCAAGUCUAUUUCCUAAAAGAAUUAAAAACUAAAAAUAGUGUUCGUAAAAAUUCCAAACGUUUCUUGCGUGCAAGCUAUUUGCAUGGAUCAAACAUCAGAUGAUCAAACUGAUUAUCAAUUUCCCGUUUGUAAUGCAAAAUGACUGAAAAACGGCAAACUUCGCAAGGCUAUAUUAUACGCACUUUACAACAUUUCGCAACGAAACUUCGGAAUAUUACUAAUUUUGUGAUGCUCUUUCAAGCUGUGAUGAAAUUGUUGUCCAGGCAUAUCUAGAUCAAAAGUUCACUCAUAAGGGGAAAGGUCUAUUUAAGAAGUAACAUGUUCUCGCUCUUAUAACUGCAUGUUAACUGCUAAGGCCUACAAAAAAAUACUUCGAGCGAAGGCCCUUCGUUCUUAGUGUAACCCACCUGUUGAGAACUGUCCUUUUAUUCUAGGAAAGCCCACAUGAACGCAACAUAGACAGUGGUCGAUCAGAAGAACAGCUGUACAGCUCUGUUGUACGCAGCAAAACUUUUGACAGAACAUCAACAAAUUGGAGACAGCCUCAUCGUGACCGGCCACCUGAAAGAGAACAGCGAACGGCUAGGUUGCCACAAGAAGGUUUUGGGUCACCUACAUCUGUUAAAAAAGAACAAGGUAGGUUGUAUACAGGGCAGGAGAAAAGAAUUUUCUUCCUGGGAGCACAACCUGGAGACAAAAAUUUCAUAACCAUAUAAUGUUCUUAAUAAAAGUAAAAAUUUAAUUAGCUAACGUUUCGUUGUUUACAAUACAACAUCUUCAGAGCAAUCUAAAUGAAUUUACAGGGUAUGUAUUUUGUAAAUAUAUAUACCAUACCCUGUAAAUUCAUUUAGAUUGCUCUGAAGAUGUUGUAUUGUAAACAACGAAACGUUAGCUAAUUAAAUUUUUACUUUUAUUAUGUUUGGUUUUAAAGUAUUUGCUGGGCUCUGCUCUUUAUCUUUAAACUAAGAUUUCCGCCUGGUGUAUCAAUUGCCACAUAUAAUGUUCUAGCUGAUAGUGGUUUUAAAUUCAAGGAAGAAUGUCAACCAUAUGUUGUUGCGCCCAUAGUGGGACAUGGGUCUUAUGGUUUCCUUCAAAUUUUCAAUAGCAAAUCUUCCUUCAAACGAAUUUCCUGCAGCUGUUUAACAUUACCUGCGAGCAGUGCUCGCCUAUUUUUCCACCCCUGGUUGUAUCAGUGCUGGGUAAAUAUAACAGAAAGAGUCGAAGAAUGUUGCUGACAGCUGAUGCAGUGAUUAGUGCAUGUACCUUUCACUUCGGUGACUGAGCUUCGAUUCCUGCAGUAUGCAGUUGUCUCAUUAUAAUUUCAUCUCAGUCACAUGUGAGAAGAAUGCUUCUAGUUUGACUCUACUAAACACCUCAGGUUUUUUCCUGAUUUUUCUUAUGGUCCCUCUCUUAAGGGAGUCCAGAAAUUAGGGUUUUUUCAUUUUAGCAAUUCACCCAUUUCAAAAUUACUUAACCUAUCAAGGCUAUUAAGCGCCAGCACUCUACCCUUGACGAGUAAAUCAUUUGGCAUUAGACAGAGUAAAAUACUAAAGUAGGGCCAGGCUUUUAGCCAGGGUCCUAAAAGAGGGCGUCCAAUUUUGGUAUAACGAAACAUCUACAGUACAGUAGAUACUUCAUCUCAGCAUCUGUUCCAAGCUUGUUCGAAAUUUUUCAAACACACUUGGCUUUGCAGUCACAAACUGUGUUUUGAAUUAUAUAUUGAAUUCUCAAGAUGUCCGGAAUUUGUUUUUCACUUUAUUUUUUAAAAUUGUCGGCUGGUCAUGGUUUUUGGCUUUGUAAAUUUGUACCGCUAUGCUUCUUUACUUAACUAUGACAUUUUCAUUCUGCCAGGUACACCAUCAAAUUGAUCAAAAUGUCAAAUGUAUAAUAAUGAGAAUUGAAGCUAUUUCGUUUCAGAUAUAUUAAUAAUUUGGGCAUCCAAAGGCGUCCAUUUUUCGUUCUAGGGGUGUCCCGGGACGCCUGGACGCCCUUCUGGCUAAAAUCCCGAGUAGGCCGCAUCAGGGCACAAUGCAACUCAAUGGGUUAACUAUAAUACAAGUAGAUAUUUUGGGCCAGGAGUCUGUAGUUGAACAGGCCCUUGGAGUUAUACCUUUAGUUCAAUGUCUUUGCGUUAUAGUUAUGGUGUCACUGGUUCUGAUAGUUUUUGUUCAUCGCAAAGUCAAGUGUAAUAAUUUGUAAUAAUUUACUUUCUGUUAGCGAGAAGUCAACAAACUGUUGAGCCGCCCACAGUGCAGGUAUGAGCUACCCACGGUACAAAUGUGUUAAAUGAUUUGUUAGAAAAAACUUUGUUAGUAUCCAUUUCAUAAACAUUUUGUAAUUUUUAAAGGUGAAAGAGAAAAUUGAAAAGCCAGCAACAGAAACACCUGUAAAAUGUAAACCUGAACAGAAAGUUGAAGAAGGUAUUUUUAACUUGUGAUAAGUGCGGGUUAAGAUGAUGUACUACUUUCAAAUAGAGAAACAAACAAGCACAAAAGCAAACAGACAUGUAAUCGUUAAGAUGAUGUACUACUUUCAAACAGAGAAACAAACAAGCGCAAGGGCAAACAGACAUGUAAUCUUCAAAAUGUUUAGGAACGAACUUUCCCUAAGUCUCAUGUUAAUAGUAUAUAUUUAUAUCUUACUGUGGUCUAUAUAUUGAACACAAAAAAUAGACAUGUAAUCGUUAAGAUGAUGUACUACUUUCAAAUAGAGAAACAAACAAGCACAAAGACAAACAGGCAUGUAAUCGUUAAGAUGAUGUACUACUUUCAGAUAGAGAAACAAACAAGCACAAAGACAAACAGACAUGUAAUCGUUAAGAUGAUGUACAUGUACUACUUUCAAAUAGAGAAACAAACAAGCACAAAGACAAACAGACAUGUAAUCGUUAAGAUAAUGUACUACUUUCAAAUAGAGAAACAAACAAGCACAAAGACAAACAGGCAUGUAAUCGUUAAGAUGAUGUACUACUUUCAAAUAGAGAAACAAACAAGCACAAAGACAAACAGGCAUGUAAUCGUUAAGAUGAUGUACUACUUUCAGAUAGAGAAACAACAAGCACAAAGAUAAACAGACAUGUAAUCGUUAAGAUGAUGUACUACUUUCAAAUAGAGAAACAAACAAGCACAAAGAUAAACAGACAUGUAAUCGUUAAUAUGAUGUACUACUUUCAAACAGAGAAACAAACAAGCACAAAGACAAACACACAUGUAAUCGUUCAGAUGAUGUACUACUUUCAAAUAGAGAAACAAACAAGCACAAAGGCAAACACACAUGUGAUCGUUAAGAUGAUGUACUACUUUCAAAUAGAGAAACAAACGAGCAUAAAGGCAAACACACAUGUGAUCGUUAAGAUGAUGUACUACUUGUGGACAAACCACAGUCAAUAGAAUAAGAAGGCUAGGGAAUUCGAUGCAGACAUAGUACACCUCAUUAUCUAUGUUUUUGUCUUGGUUUACGCAAAAAAAUGGUCGAUUCAUCGUCACGUGUGUAUUGAAUUUGAAUUUUGAAUUUAUUUUAAAAAUUUAGUAUGGAAAUAUCACAGAAUAACAAUGUACUAGGCAGGUAACAAUAGGACACGAAGUCCCAAACAAGGUUAACUGCCUCACUCCUACAAUUACACUGAAAAACAAGUACAUAAUAGGCAAUUCCAGCUUUUAGUUUACGCGUGCAGGGGACGAUGGGAAGUAAUGUAUCACAUUGCUGAUUAUGCUGAAAAAAUAAUGGUGGCCGUGUAAACACGGAGUGAUAGCUUAUUCUUGUAAAUAUUGAAAUAUUUCGGUUGUUUUGAUAGUUUUUAUUGAAAAUUUUCAGCAUAAUCAGCAAUGUGAUACCUUACUUCCCAUCAUCCCCUGCAGGCAUAAACUAAAAGCUGGAAUUGCCUAUUGAUGAUGACAUUGGUGAAUUGCUAAAAUGAAAAAAAAAACUAAUUGUAUUUUCGCUAGAGCAAACCAAUAGCUAUGUUGUAAUUUAACCAUUCUGUAAUAUCAUGACUGGAUAAUUAAACCAACACACUGUUACUGGUUGGUUGGGGAAAACAAUACACAUUUGAGCGAUAGUGACGUCUAUUAUGUCAGCAUGGAGACACACAGACUCAUGUGAACAAACCAGGGCUUGAAUUUUAUCGCGGCACUUGCCGUAGAGGGAGAACAAAAUGCCAUGGAUCAUUGUGCAUUACUAUUUUGAUACUUGAAUUCUGAUGUUGAUCAAGUCGUGCCUAAAUUACUAUUUUAGUCUCAGUUUUCUUCGAAAACGUAAACGUUUUUCUAGCUUGUCAACAAUCCAAAGUAACAGUAAAAUUAAAUUUUUAUUACAGUUAUUUGAAAAAAAAAUGCCGUGAAAACUGCCAAAAUUGCCGUAGACAGCUGUUACGUUCUACGGGAAUUUUUAACGCCAUUGCCGUCGAUUGAUUUCAGGGAAAUUCGAGGCCUGGAACAAACAGACAUGUCAAACAUUUAUUUUAUUUCAUUCUCUAAUAAUUUCUUUAGCAUUCAGUGACGUGGUGAAAGCUGAUGUGAAACCUGCCCAGAAUCAAGCAAAACCCCUUCUGACCCCAGCCAACACACCUGUUACCCCUCAGACAACAGAAGGAUCCACAGAAACCCCCCAGGAUUCCAGCAACAGCCCAGAUGCAACCACAGCCAAAACAAGAAGUAAAGACAAUGUCAAAAUCCAGAAAGAGUUAAAAGAAUUCGCUGCUAACUUCCAGGUAAAGUGGAAACACAAAGGAAAAUAAAAAUAAAUGUCAGUUCGUUGCAAGCCUUGAUAAAAUAUUUUUCUUUCUGGCAGCAGGCUUCCCAGACCAAAAAUUUCCUGCCAAUUUUUUUUAUAAAUUUGAAUUUUGGUUGUAAUUCAAUAACAGCGUUGUAUAUACCACCUUAAUAAGUCAUAUACUACCUCAAUAUUAAGAAAAAUAUAGCGGUAGCAGUGCCACAUGAUAUAAAUUUUUAUGUUAUGAUUGUUGUAUUUAUGCUCUGAUUGUGAUGUUUGUUACUUUAAUGCUGAUUUUUGAAAUUUCUCGAGCUUCAUUCUUCAUAUCUUGCUUUUCCUUAAAAAUUUGCUGUGAGAUUAAAAAAUUUCCUGGCAGCAUGCUGCCAUGCUGGUGGACUUUCUCAUGCCUUGGUUCGUUGGAGUGGUCUUGUGUAGCAUAAAUCAAACCAAUAAUCUUUUCUACUUUAGCUUGCAGAAUCCAAGAAGAAGCCUAAAGCGAAAAAAGUGUCAGAGGAAGAACAAAAGACGUCAACUGAAGCGACGAGUAAAGAAGAGAAGAACGAAGGUUAGUUUGAAAUGCUUCUGUCAUUAUUUUGUGUGUGUUGGUGUUAUGUACUCAGGUGAAUAUGAUGUUUGUGAUGUUACUCUGAGUGUAUAUCCACACCGGGCAAGCUGAAAAGUUAGCUUGGCCACGGUGGGAAUCGAGCCCGCGACCUUUUGGAUACUAGCCCAAUGCUCUGCCAACUGAGCUACGUGGUCAAGUCGGUUCGAGUUGACGAUAUUUCACAAACAUCAUAUUCACCUGAGUACAUAACACCAACACACACAAAAUAAUCUUAUCAUAGAUAUCGAAGGAACACUGAUAUCGAAGGAACUAGACUUAGUUCCGAAAUAUUAUCAACUCGAACCGACUUGACCACGUACUGUAGCUCAGUUGGCAGAGCAUUGGACUAGUAUCCCAAAGGUCGCGGAUUCGAUUCCCACCGUGGCCAAGCUAACUUUUCAGCUUUUGUCAUAUUGGCCAUAGAACCUUCGUCAUUCACACACGCCAUUGCUGACCAUAACCGCUCUGAAGGUCGUAAGGCAAAAAAAAAUAUGGGGGUUUCCGGUUUCCCGACCCUACCUAGCUUUUGGACGUCGAAAUCCCGACCCUAAACUUUUUUAUUGGAUCAUGCUUGUAAGUGUUUCCACUUAGAGGAAAAAGUUUGUGGAAAAUUGAAAUUUGAGGCAAUAUUAGGGAAAUUUAUCUUUGGAUGUGGAAGCACUGACUAAACAAAAUGGCGUCCGCUUGUUCGGAAAAUUAAAAAAAAGUUAAAACCAACCUACCGGAAACCCACAUGCCUAAAAAUCAGCUUUUAGACCAUUUUCCCCAGCUAAAUCCAUUUUUUUCUAACGGAACGUAUCACUAGUCCGAGUUAUCAGUUCAUAAAACCAUAGUAUUACACUAUUACAGUAUUCUUUAAAUCGAUGUCAAAAAACGAAAUUUCGGCACACUCCUUGCCAAGAUGGCGGAAAUUGAAGGAGCUAGUGGACGUCAGUUCCAGUCCCUUUCUAUCGCUUUCGACUGCGCGGUUAACACGAAGCUGGCUUCACUUUUUGAACUGGAGUUCUCGAUCCAGAUAUAUAUCGAGCUCAGUGCGUAUAUACAAUAAAAGUUUAUGACCAUCAACUUUUGAUGAUGAUGUAUGUGUUUACUGUUUAGAAGCACAAACGUCCCAGGAAGUGAAAACUGAUUCAGAAGCUGAAAAGCAGGCGACAUCUGGUCUCAAUCCAAAUGCACAGGAAUUUCGUCCGAGAGUUAAACGAAAUACGCCAAGCCCUGUGAGUACAACUACAUAUAAAACAUUCACUUUAGAAUGGUUAAGUAUAAUUUAAAAUACCAGCAGGAGUGCUUUAUCAGAUUUAAAACACGAGCGACAGCCAAGUGUCUUAUGUCAGAUCAUAGCCUAUCUAAGGGAAGAUGGCUGUGAAACUCAUUAGAAUAACAAUAUAACUCAUUAUGAUGUUAGUCAACGUUUAUUCAUAAAUCUGGUCCUUCACCGUCACGUGUGUAUUGUAUUUUUGUCAAAUCCACCAAUAGCAAUUUCCAGUUCCCCUAUUGUUCGAGUCACGGAUAGGUGACUUUCCUAAAACAUUGCUAUUGGGUAAAAAUACAAACACACGUGACGGUGAAGGACCAGAUUUAUGAAUAAACGUUGACCAACAUAGAUAAUGAGUUAUAUUGUUAUUCUAAUGAGUUUCACAGUCAUCUCCCCUUCGAUAGGCUAUGGUCUGAUAAAGCGCGGACUGCCAGUGUUUUAAAUGGCUUCAAAAACUCGUUAAUAAUUCAUGAGGAAAACACAAAGAAAAAUCAUAAGCGUGUUAGAGUGGAUCGAUAUUGCGAAUACCGAUAUACCGGUAUUUUUAACCUGUUUUUUUCAAGCCAAACUGAACUGCUGAACGUCGAGAUAAAUCAAGUUUUGACAAGAUAUUAAUGUGACACAUACAUCACUGUUAUUAGUGCAAAUGUCACAAGAUUCGCAUUAUCAAGCUAUGUUAACGGCGCUAAGCGGCAAUUAUUACUGCCCGAUAAAUAUUUCAAAAAAAAAAAUUGAAAAGGUUUUCGCUGCUUCGCAAAUGCUAGUACUUCCACUUUCCAAAAUCAGGUUCAAUUUUUACCGAAAUUUUCCUUAAAAAAUUUCGCCAUUUUAAAAAUCAACGUUGUCUAAGCCGAGAAAAUCAAAGCUAAAGUUUAUGAUUUUUUAUCACAUACAGCAGUGAUUUCCUUUGGCUUUGUCUUUUCCUCAUGAAUUAUUAAUGUUUUUAAAUUCUGUCCAAUGUCUGUAAGGCAAAAAAAAAACAUGUGGGUUUCCGGUUUCCCGACCCUACUUCAACCUCGUUCCCAGGGUAUUUGCUCUACUUAGCUUUUGGACGCCGAAAUCCUGACCCUAAACUUUUUUAUUGGAUCAUGUUUGUAAGUGUUUCCACUUAGAGUAAAACGUUUGUGAAAAGUGGAAAUUUGAGGCAAUAUUAGGGAAAUAUAUAUUUGAAUGUGGAAGCACUGACUAAACAAAAUGGCGUCGAUCUGGUUGUUAGGAAAAUUUUAAAAAAAGUUUAAAAAAAAUUAAAACCGACCUACCCUACCUAAGUUUUUACAAGAAGAAAUAGGAAACCCACAUUUUUUUUUGGCCUAACAUAAUCUUGACUGUAUUUCUCUUCAGAGAUCAAACAGUACACCAUCAAGCAGUGGGACGCCUUCACCUUUCCAGAAUAACUCUCCAUUCCAACACAACGUUUACCCACCCAACAAUAUUUAUACAAGAAAUGGGCCCAGAGGUAGAGGUAAGA